AAACUGUUUCUUUCCCUCACUAGGUAUUAGUAUCAUCCUUGGAGUUGCUGAGGGUGAAUUUUUCAUCCAUGAUGCCGAAAUUCAGAAAUCAGCCCUUCAGAUCAUCAUCAAUUGUGUAUGUGGCCCAGAUAAUCGGAUCUCCAGUAUUGGCAAAUUCAUCUCUGGAACUCCUCGGCGAAAGCUUCCUCAGGCCCCCAAGAGCAGUGAGCACACAUUAGCUAAGAUGUGGAAUGUGGUACAGUCUAACAAUGGCAUCAAAGUGCUGCUGUCAUUGCUGUCUAUAAAGAUGCCGAUCACAGAUGCAGAUCAGAUCCGAGCAUUAGCCUGCAAAGCCUUGGUGGGGCUCUCACGCAGCAGUACUGUCCGGCAGAUUAUCAGCAAGCUCCCCCUCUUCAGCAGCUGUCAAAUUCAGCAGCUGAUGAAAGAGCCAGUGCUUCAGGACAAGCGCAGUGAGCAUGUGAAGUUCUGCAAAUACGCUGCUGAGCUGAUAGAGCGUGUCUCGGGGAAGCCAUUGCUGAUUGGCACAGAUGUCUCUCUGGCUCGGUUGCAGAAAGCGGAUGUGGUGGCCCAGUCAAGGAUCACGUUUCCAGAGAAGGAGCUGCUGCUCCUGAUUCGGAACCAUCUCAUCUCUAAGGGCCUAGGAGAAACUGCAUCUGUCCUUACUAAAGAGGCUGACCUACCCAUGACUGCAGCAUCUCAUUCAUCUGCCUUCACCCCUGUUGCGGCUGCUGCCUCUCCUGUGACCCUGCCUCGCACUCCUCGCAUAGCUAAUGGCAUCUCAGCCCGUUUGAGUAGCCACACUUCUGUAGGUUCCACUGCCACCUCUGUCCAUGCUCAGGCAAGGCCAUCUGCAGCCCAAGGUCCACUUGCCCUUCCAGGCCCUUCUUAUGCUAGCAACUCUCCUCUGAUUGGCAGGAUUAGCUUUGUCAGGGAGAGGCCAUCUCCCUGCAACGGCAGAAAAAUCAGAGUGUUGCGACAAAAAUCGGACCAUGGCGCCUACAGCCAGAGCCCAGCUAUCAAAAAGCAGCUGGACAGACACCUUCCUUCCCCACCCACACUGGACAGUAUAAUCACAGAGUACCUUAGGGAGCAGCAUGCCCGCUGCAAGAACCCUGUUGCCACCUGUCCCCCUUUCUCUCUCUUUACUCCCCACCAGUGUCCUGAGCCAAAACAGAGGCGCCAAGCGCCAACUAACUUUACCUCACGGCUGACCCGCAGGGCAGCCUUUCCGAAGUAUGGAGGGGUGGAUGGUGGCUGCUUUGAUAGACACCUUAUAUUUAGCAGGUUCCGUCCAAUUUCUGUGUUCAGGGAAGCAAAUGAGGAUGAGAGUGGCUUUACCUGUUGCGCGUUUUCUGCCAGAGAACGAUUCUUAAUGCUGGGUACUUGCACGGGGCAGUUGAAACUCUAUAACGUAUUCAGUGGACAGGAAGAGGCCAGUUACAACUGCCAUAACUCCGCCAUCACGCACCUUGAGCCAUCCAGGGAUGGAUCUUUAUUGCUGACAUCUGCUACGUGGAGCCAACCUCUGUCUGCAUUGUGGGGAAUGAAGUCUGUCUUUGAUAUGAAGCAUUCCUUCCCUGAUGACCACUAUGUGGAGUUCAGCAAGCACUCUCAGGAUAGGGUCAUUGGCACAAAAGGAGACAUCGCCCAUAUCUAUGAUAUUCAGACUGGCAACAAGCUAUUGACUCUGUUUAACCCAGAUCUUGCCAACAACUACAAGAAGAACUCUGCCACCUUUAACCCCACCGAUGACCUUGUCCUAAAUGAUGGUGUCCUCUGGGAUGUCAGAUCGGCACAAGCCAUCCACAAGUUUGACAAAUUCAACAUGACCAUCAGUGGUGUUUUCCAUCCCAAUGGGCUAGAGGUCAUAGUCAACACAGAAAUUUGGGACCUCCGAACUUUCCAUUUGUUACACACAGUACCUGCACUGGAUCAGUGUCGUGUGGUCUUCAACUAUACUGGCACAGUUAUGUAUGGAGCUAUGUUGCAGGCAGAUGAUGAAGAUGACCUUCUGGAGGAGAGAAUGAGAAGUCCCUUUGGCUCUUCUUUCAGGACAUUUAAUGCAACUGAUUAUAAACCUAUAGCCACCAUAGACGUAAAGCGGAAUAUCUUUGACUUGUGCACAGACAGCAAGGACUGCUAUCUGGCUGUCAUUGAGAAUCAAGGGAGCAUGGAUGCCAUGAACAUGGAUACAGUUUGCAGACUGUAUGAAGUGGGCAGGCAGCGUUUAGCAGAAGAUGAAGAGGAUGAAGAAGAAGAUCAG